UUUAGGUUAUGACUAGUUUAGGUUAAUGACUAGUUUGUUAGUAAUCUUUGCGCUUGUCUAGUAUUUGUAACAUCGGGAUGUUUGUAAAAUAGGUUAUGUGUUCUUGAUUAAUUUCUGUUAGUUUAGGUUAGAUUUCUCCGCGUUUGAUUACGUUUGGUUUCUCCGGUUUGAUAGAACAUUCGUCAAGUGUGUAUAUUCAAAAUAUGUGUGUGAAAGAAUAAAAUGUUUUUUAGAUGACGCGAUAUAUUUAAUCUAUGAUAGUCGCUAUAGUUUAUACGAUCGAAAAAUAAUCUCACAUUGUAUACAGAUUUCAUAAAUCAUCGAAAUGUAUUUAAUAUCUUAUACGACGAUACUGAUUUCCUUUCUAAUAUCGUGCCGCACGUGGGAGAUACCGGAAAACUUUGCGAAAACUGAACAUUCCAAUAAUUGGGCAGUUUUGGUCGACACAUCGCGUUUCUGGUUUAACUAUCGACACGUUGCGAAUGUUUUAUCUAUUUAUCGAAGUGUUAAACGUUUGGGAAUACCAGAUUCGCAAAUCAUUCUUAUGAUAGCCGAUGACAUGGCAUGCAAUCCUAGGAAUCCUAGACCAGCGACUGUUUUCAACAAUAUUAAACAACAUAUUAAUGUUUAUGGCGAUGAUGUAGAGGUUGAUUAUAGAGGUUACGAAGUAACAGUAGAAAAUUUUGUUAGAUUAUUGACCGGUCGCUUAGCGGAGGAAACUCCAAGAUCCAAGAAACUAUUAACGGAUGAGGGUUCAAAUAUCUUAAUUUAUUUAACUGGUCAUGGUGGUAAUGGAUUCUUAAAGUUUCAAGAUUCUGAAGAAAUUACUAGUCAAGAGUUAGGAGAUGCAUUAGAACAAAUGUGGCAAAAACGAAGAUAUCACGAAAUUCUAUUUGUGGUUGACACGUGUCAAGCGAGUUCAAUGUAUGAAAAGUUUUAUUCUCCAAAUAUAUUAGCAGUUGCUUCUAGUUUAGUAGGAGAAGAUUCACUUUCUCAUCAUGUGGAUCCUGCUAUUGGUGUUUACAUUAUAGAUCGAUAUACUUAUUACGCAUUAAACUUUUUGGAAAAAGUGGAACCAUCUAGUUCUAAAACUUUGGGUGAAUUUUUGAAAGUAUGUCCAAGAGAUUAUUGUUUAUCUACAGUAGGUGUAAGAAGAGAUUUAUUCAGGAGAGAUCCAGAUAAAGUGCCAGUAACAGAUUUCUUUGGAUCUCUUAGACCUGUGGAACUUACAACAAAUAUAAUAAAUGUUUUACCUGUUAAAUCAAAUCGUACAAAAAUUGAAGAGCCAAAAGGAAAAUAUAGUUAUGUUGCACAAUUCCCUGAUGUAUCCCAAUUCAUAUGAAUAAUAAGAAUAGACAGAAGCUUUCUGCCAUUUGAUUUUAA